AUGACGAGUGUGGUUAUUCGGCGUAAGAUUACGGUACUCGCUGCCGAGACCACUACGGAGGCGGAGGAUGACGAGGAAGAGUUAUAUGAGGAGACCGAGAAGCCUACGAUGGAGUUUGAAGAGCCGGCGUCGGAGAUUGAUGAGCCCGCGGACGACGACAUGGACAACACUUCGCUCAUGUUCAACGACAACAGCUUCGACGACUCCGUCAGCCCUGAGCAGCAGACUUCCGCCAUGAACCUCUUCGGACGAAAGAUGGUCAGCAUGAAGCGGCUCGGUAUGGGGCUACGCACCAACCGGGACUGGUUCGUGGGAUUGUCUCGCUGCCCUGACUACACCGGUGAUUCGGUUGGUCUAGAGCGCGUGCGAUCAAGGAUUACGGUGACGACUGAGUCUCAUCUGACACAGGACGCCAGUGAAGGAGGCGAGUUCAUUGAGUUCGAAUUAUUUUCACAACUAACGUCUUUCAGUUUUAGCUUUUGUCGAAAGGCCACAUUCGGCGAAGGCUCCAGCUUCACGGCUACCUGUUGUCAAGCCAAAAUCUGUUGUUGUCUCCCAGAAGACUACGAAACGACAGAUGAUUACCUCGAAGACAACGUCAACAUCAUCAUCGACUCGCGACGCCACGGCGUCAAAGCCACGCAAGCCGGUCGCUCCGGUGGCAGCUCUGCGCAAGACUCCGAACAAGCCAACCACUGUUGCCAAGUCGCUCCCGAAGCGGAACUUGGCUCCAGUUUCGUUGUCGAAGCGCAGAGUCAGCCGUGCGAACACGAAGAGGCAUCACGCAAGGCCAAGACUGUACUGAAGUCUGCCAUGCGCAAGCCCAACUCCCAGGCCGUCAAGAAGCACGUUUACUACGUUGAGGGACCCAUCGCGCCACGCUUCUACGACGUAGAAGAGACCGUCAAGCAGUCCGCUACUGCAGUUGAUGGGUCCACAGCGUCCUUUUCCUGGGAGCCACCGACGGGCCUUCUCCACUCUCAGCCACCCUCGCCAGGCAGAGGUGCAACUCAACUCUUUGAAGGCUCCAACAGUGGCGCCCUGACCAUCAAGCGACGCUUCCUCAACCGCUACGCCAGCGUUCAGCGGUACGAGGCGCGCCGCCGCCAAGAAGCGUUGGCUCGCAGCGAGCAACCAGCGCUGGGUCAGCUUGACUACGGCAAUGCAGACUUCAGGAUCGCCUUGCAGGCCUCCAAUGUCAUCACCGCGGAUGAUGUUGGCAUGAUGCAGGAUCUGAGCAACAUCGGCAAGGCUGGCAAGUUGUGGUGCGGUAAUCGGGCGAUGGAGACACCCGUGCUGGUUUUCGGAUCGUUCAAGGAGCCUUUCGACAACGCGGCUAUCCCGGCGAAGGGUGUCAAGGCGUACAAGAAGCCUUUGCGAUGGCCGACCACGGGGGUUGAGUCACGGUUAGAGAAGUUUGCGGACGAGCACCUGAAAUGUCUCCAAGGUGCCGAUUUGGUGAUCUGA